AUGGAAGGAGUAAACCACAAGAAUAUCGAUGUGAAUGGGAUAAACAUGCACGUAGCGGAAAUGGGCCAAGGCCCAUUAGUCCUGUUACUUCAUGGAUUCCCUGAGUGCUGGUACACGUGGAGGCACCAGAUGGUUUUCCUGGCAGCCAACGGCCACCGUGCCGUGGCGCCGGACCUCCGUGGCUUCGGCGGAACGACGGGUGCUCCGGUGGAUGAUCAUUCCACGUUCACGAGUUUACAUGUGGUGGGAGAUCUUAUUGGGCUCUUGAAUAUCAUUGCCCCAGAUGAAGAAAAGGUGUUUGUUGUGGGCCAUGAUUGGGGUGCAAUGAUUGGUUGGGCAUUGUGUUUGUACAGGCCUGAUAAAGUUAAGGCCUUGUUCAGUAUGAGUGUUCGCUUUUCUGGGAGAAAUCCUGAGAGGAAGCCUCUUCCCACACUUCGUGCUGUUUAUGGUAAUGAUUAUUACAUUAUGAGAUUUCAGGAACAUGGAGAGAUAGAAGAGGAGUUUGCCAAAGUUGGGACCAAGAAAGCUCUGCACAAGUUGCUAACUUAUUGUAAUCCAGGUCCACUUUACCUUCCAAAAGGAAAAUGGGUUGAAGAGAUAGCUGAAAAUCCAAUGGCAUUGCCAUCUUGGUUAACUGAGCAAGAUCUUGACUACUUCACUAGCCAGUAUGAGCAGACUGGCUUCACUGGAGGUUUGAAUUACUACAGAGCAUUAGACAUGAAUUGGGAACUAACAGCAGCAUGGACAGGGGAUAAGAUAAAAGUGCCAGUCAAAUUUGUUGCUGGGGAUUUGGAUCUCACGUAUAAUGCACCAGGAACCAAGGACUACAUUCACAAAGGAGGGUUCAAGAAAGAUGUGCCAUUUUUGGAAGAUGUAGUGGUGAUCAAUGGAGUUGGCCAUUUUGUACAUGAAGAAAAGCCUGAUGAAAUCAACAAACACAUCCUUCAAUUCAUCCGCAAGCAUUCUUCUUGUUCGAUUCCUAGAUGCGCCAUCAUCUACUGUUGUAUGCUUUAUUUGAUAGAACCUGCCCAAAACAAAAUGGAUAAAAUUGAGCACAAAAAUGUGAGUGUGAAUGGCCUGAACCUACACAUAGCUGAGCUAGGAACAGGGCCAUUAGUACUUUUACUCCAUGGUUUCCCUGAACUCUGGUAUUCAUGGCGCCACCAGAUCGUCUUCUUGGCUGCUCAUGGCUACCGGGCUGUGGCUCCUGAUCUUCGCGGCUAUGGCGAUACAACUGGGGCCCCCAUUGAAGACAGCUCCAAAUUCAGCACUCUGCAUUUAGUGGGAGAUGUCAUAGCACUUCUUCAAGCUAUUGCACCUGAUGAAGAUAAGGUGUUUGUAGUUGGUCAUGACUGGGGUGCUUUGAUUGCCUGGCACUUGUGCUUGUUUAGGCCUGAUAAAGUUAAGGCCUUGGUUAACUUGAGUGUUGCUUUUUCGCCCAUAAAUCCAUCCCUAAAUAUUGUUGAUCUGGCUCGGAGUAUCUAUGGGGAUGAUUUCUAUAUUUGCAGAUUCCAGCCACCAGGGGAAAUUGAAGCUGAAUUUGCUGAGAUGGGAGUCAAGUAUUUUAUGAGGAAGAUACUUACUUACCGCAAUCCAGGUCCACUGUUUUUCCCCAAGGGCAAAGGAUUUGGCGAUUCAUCUAAGGAUCCGGUUGUCUUGCCGUCUUGGUUAACAGAAGAAGAUGUGGAUUAUUUCGCGUCAAAGUUUGAGAAAACUGGAUUCACUGGACCGGUGAACUACUACCGUGCUUUCAAUUUAACUUGGGAACUUACUGCUCCUUGGACUGGUUGUCAAGUGAAAGUGCCGACGAAGUUUGUUGUGGGAGAUUUGGAUUUGAGCUACCAUACGCCGGGAAUUCAAGACUAUAUACACAAAGGCGGAUUCAAAGCCGACGUGCCAUUGCUGGAGGAAGUUAUAGUGAUCAAAGAUGCAGCUCAUUUCAUCAACCAAGAAAGGCCUGAUGAGAUUAGCAAACACAUCUAUGACUUCAUUCAACGAUAUUGA